GACAAACAACUCCGGCACCAACAUCAUUUGGGCCCCACUGUCUCUCCUUCCUUCAUCUCUUUAGGAUGUCCGCGUUGCAUUCAGCCGUUACUGCUGUGACGCACAACAUCCCAUGGUUUUUACGCGACCCCGCUGUUGCGCUGAUCGGCCCAAAAUGUUACACCACGCUCGUUUAUGAUUUCAAUGUCACCGACGUCGAGUGCCUCAAGUACGCCUUGUCGAAAGGCCUUGGUUUCGGUAUCGUUCUCGGUGGCAGUAUUGUUAAGAUCCCUCAGAUCAUGAUGAUUGUUCGUUCCCGCUCCGCGCGCGGGUUGUCGCUUUCAGCUUAUAUUCUUGAAACAGCGUCCUACGCCAUCUCACUGGCGUACGCUUCGCGCUCGCGCUUUCCUUUCUCGACGUACGGCGAAAACUUCUUCAUCACCAUCCAAAACAUCAUCAUCACCCUCAUGAUUUUGUUCUACACCGCCCCAAAGGGCUCGUAUGCCGGUCUAGGACGGUCCCUCUCCUCUCCUCCAACAUCGAAGCGUCGACGCGUCGUCGGCGGGGCAGUUAUCAUUGCCGUCUCUUGCAUGUACCUGUGGAACGAAACAUUCUGUCCCAUGUCAAUCCUCGCCAUCCUGCAGGCCUGCACCAUCCCCCUAUCGCUUCUUUCCAAGGCCCCGCAGAUCCUGGAAAACCAUAGCAACCGAUCAACAGGCAACCUGUCAGCGUUUGCCGUUUUCAGCGCAUUGCUGGGUUGUCUCGCACGCCUGUUCACCACCAAGCAGGAGGUCAACGACCCGCUCAUCUUUUGGGGCUUCGCCGGCGCGGCCCUUCUCAACGUCGUACUCGUGUUCCAAAUGCUCAUCUACUGGCGCGCCACGGAUGAGCAGCUUGGCACGAAGCACAAACUGUCGGGGGCUGUUAUGGCUGAGUCGGGAUCGGGGUUAGACGAGCGCAAGUUGGAUUGAAGGCAGUGCAAAUGGACUUGAAUCAGUGGGAG